GGGAUAUGUGUCCAAAGUCUGAAGGGUGAGAGCAGCUCGGGCCUAGUCUCAAGUGUAGGUGUCGGGCCCGAGGUUUUUUGUGUUGUUGGUGGGGCAUCAAUGGCCUUGUCGAUGUUGAGCUACUCUCCUAUGCCCGAGAUGUUGUUUGAUGCUGCAAGA